AUGCCUGUUUAUCGCCCCACCCCGGCUUUGAAUCUCCCUGCUGAAGCUCUGAUUCCUGGAAGGUCCAUAUCUAAGCGAGAAUGUGCAGCCUUAGUUUCGAUCCCUAAAGUACAAAACUCAAACCCGCCACCUCCUUUCAAUUUGCCAUCAGGCUAUUUAUUUAUUGAUGUUGAGCAUGGGGGUUGUUUUAGAUCUAGUUUUGGUGUGGUUUUGGGGUCGGGUAGUGGUGGUGGUGCUGGCUGUGGUGAUGAUGCUGCUGAUUCUGGUGCGGUAGGUGAUACAGGUGUUGGUGAAGUUGGUGGUUGUGGUGGUCACGGUGGUAGUAGGUGUUGGUGCGCGGAGGUUCUGUCGUGGUGA